GUUCAUUCAUUUUUGCUGGUAAAACUACCACACCCAUAAUGCAUAGAGCCAAGGAAGGGUCGAGUUCAGAUGACGUACAACGUGGGAAAUUCGAAGCUGCGAGUGCGCUAUGUGUGUAGCUAUAGUUUGUUUGGAAACGAUAGGCUAAAACUUUCUAGAUAAAUCAGACAAGGAUGCAGAAGAUCUCUCGUCUGAAGCGCGAGCUCCAGCUACUAACCACCGAACCUCCGCCAGGGAUAAUGUGCUGGCAGACAGAGGGACAGAUGGACGAUCUCCGGGCGCACAUAAUUGGUGGGUCGGGAACUCCAUUUGAAGGAGGUGUCUUCUUAUUGGAGAUCAAGGUCCCCGAAAGGUAUCCAUUUGAGCCUCCCCAAAUCCGGUACCUGACACCUAUAUACCACCCCAACAUUGACAACGCUGGACGCAUCUGCCAUGACGCCCUCAAGCUACCGCCCAAGGGUGCGUGGAAGCCUUCCCUCAACAUCCCGACGGUCCUCACUUUUCUUCAGCUGAUGAUGGCAGAACCCAACCCAGAUGAUCCCCUCAUGGCCGAUAUAUCAUCUGAAUUCAAGUACAACAAGCAGCUGUACCUGGAUAAGGCCAGGAAAUGGACACAGAAACACGCCAUGCAAAAAAACAUAGGAGUAGUAGAGUCAAAGGAGGAUGGCAAAAAGGAAGAGAAGUCGCUGUCCCGGAAGAGAGACACCCCGAGUGGGCAGGAGCAGCCAGGGGUGGGGCCUCAGGAACCCAAGAGAGGGUGUGUGUAGAUCCAGUGAGGUCACACCUCACUGGAUCACUUUUUUUUUUUUUUUUUUACUGUUCUGUUUCGUUUGGGUAUGGAUUCUUCUGGUUUGUCUUUUUUAUGUGUUCAAUUGUUCUCAAGAUGAAUUCACAGAUUUAUACAUGGACACUCUUAAUUACCUUUCUUAGCUAUGUUCCUCCUUAUAUCAAAAAUUCAAAUAAAGAAAAAUAAAUAUAUUUGCCUUUAACAGUG